UAUUGGAAGUUAUAUUUUGAAUGGUUUGGCGCGGAAAAUUCAAAUUUGACCACACAUGAAUUCUGGGUAAAUGCGAAUCUACUUCUCAUGCGUCCCAGAAAAUGUCAAAUCGAUCUCAAUUUAGCAAGAUGGUGGAAGUUGUAGAAGAUAUUAUUAUCGACUCUGAUGACAACGAGGAUAUUUUUCCGAAAUCUCCGGAAGAAUGCGCCGAACUAAAAAAAGAAAAUGGAAAUCAAUUAUUCAAAAUCAAGCAGUACCAGUCGGCUCUUCAACUCUACUCUGAAGCCAUCAACUUGUGUCCAGAAACAGCCGCAUAUUAUGGAAAUCGAGCAGCGUGUUACAUGAUGUUAAAUCGGCAUCGAGACGCUUUAGAAGAUGCCAGAAGAAGUGUACAAAUUGACCCAACGUUUGUCAAAGGAUAUGUUCGUAUUGCCAAAUGUGGAAUAGCACUCGGAGAUUUGGUCACAGCUGAAAAUGCUGCCAAACAAGCAGACAGUUUGCAAUUGGGCUCUGUGACCAAUGAAAUGAAAUCCAUUCAGAAAAUUAAACAAUUUGAAGCAGACGCGCUUAAAGCAAAAGACGCGAAAGAUUAUCGCAAGAUGGUAUUUUGCAUGGAUCGAUGCUUGGACGAGGCUUCCACAUGUGAGAAGUUCAAGCUUAUUAAAGCCGAAUGUUUGGCAUAUUUAGGAAGGUAUCAAGAAGCACAAGAAAUUGCAAACGAUAUAUUACACGUAAAUAAGGGGAGCGCAGAUGCAAUAUAUGUCAGGGGCUUGUGCCUUUAUUAUGAGGAUAGCAUUGAUAAAGCUUUCAACCAUUUUCAGCAAGUGCUUCGUCUCGCCCCUGGCCAUACUAGAGCGAUGGAACAAUAUAAAAGAGCUAAACUACUGAAAAAGAAAAAGGAAGAAGGCAACGAAGCAUUUAAACUGUGUAAAUUCCACGACGCUGUUAAGCUUUACACAGAAGCACUAGAAAUUGACCCGUUGAACAAGAAAACCAACGCAAAGUUAUUCUUCAACAGAGCUACUGCACUGUCACGGCUUACCAAAAUUAAGGACGCUAUCUUAGAUUGUUCAUCGGCUCUUAGGUUGGACGACACAUACCUUAAAGCACUAUUGCGAAGAGCUAAGUGCUAUAUGGAUAUUGGAGAGUUUGAGGAUGCAGUAAAGGAUUACGAAAAAGCACUGAAAAUGGAUAAAAGCCGAGAGAAUAAAAGACUAUUACAAGAAGCCAAACUGGCUCUGAAAAAAAGCAAGAGAAAGGAUUACUACAAAAUUUUGGGAGUUGAAAAGAACGCCAAUGAAGACGAGAUUAAGAAGGCUUAUAGAAAACGUGCACUUAUCCAUCAUCCCGAUAGACACGCAAAUGCAACUGAUGCUGAGAAGAAGGAGCAGGAGAAGAAAUUUAAAGAAUUAGGAGAAGCUUAUGGCAUCCUCUCGGAUCCAAAGAAGAAAGCUCGAUAUGACAGCGGUCAAGAUAUGGAUGAUUUUGAUGGCGGCAUGUCAGAUAUUGAUCCAACUCAGGUCUUCCAAUCAUUCUUUAGUGGAGCUGGUGGCCCUGGAGGACAAAAUGGAGAGUACUUUGGAGCAUUUCCGGCUGGAUUUUCUUUUCAAUUCGGUUAAAAAAUUGUAUGUUUUCUUAAGCGCUUGAGCAAUACCAUUUUUCAUUUUUUGUUCGUCUUUGUACAUUCCAGACGUUUCUUUUGGGUCUUAAGUAUCUUACGUUUCUUUAAUAAAUUUCAAUUGCUUCGCGUUUCACAUUGUAAAUAAGCUGUCCUCGAAUUAGUAUUUAUCAGAUAAGUGUCCUCCCUUAAAACCAAUCUCCUGUAUGAUAACACUGCAUAGUGUAUAGAUUAGUUUGCAAGUAUUACAAUGUUCUUAGGUGUUGCUAAUACAUCAUAUAUAUGCACCA